UAAAAAAGACGUGAAGAAGAAAAAAAAAGAAACUGCUUACUCUCUCUCCCUUCUCUAUAUCUGUGCUAGCCUACAUAUUUGAUCAAUAUGAAUUCUUCCUUUACAGAGAAUACAAGCAACAAAAACAGGAUGGAUGAUGAGAUACUUCCUGGAUCAGCAUCAAAAGAUAAAAGAUGUAGUUGGAAGGAAGAGAUUUUGUUAGAACAAAAGAAAAUAUGGAGAGUUGGGUUUCCUGCUAUGUUAGCUAGGGUGACUCAAUAUGGUAUGUUUGUAGUCACACAAGCAUUCAUUGGACAUACUGGACAAGUAAAUCUUGCAGCUUAUUCACUUGUACAGAUUCUUCUUGUGCAAUUGGGAAAUGGGAUUUUGGUGGGCAUGUCAAGUGCAUCAGAGACUCUAUGUGGACAAGCAUUUGGGGCAAAGCAAUACCACUUGAUGGGAAUCUACUUACAGCGAUCGUUGAUCAUCAAUCUUUUUGCAGCAACAAUACUAUUACCAGUCUUCGUUUUUUCAUCAUCAAUCUUCAAACUCAUCGGUGAGGAAGAUGCCACCGCGGACACUGCUGGAUACAUCUCUCUGUGGUUCAUUCCAAUCCUCUACUUUGUGGCUAUUAAUGUGACUAUCCAAAAAUACCUGCAGUGUCAGCUCAAGAACAUGAUUGUUGCGUGGGUGUCUACUGCCUCAUUUGUCAUACAUGUGUUUCUGUCGUGGAUUUUCUCGAGCAAACUGAAUCUGGGGAUUCCCGGUGCAAUGACUGCGAUGAUUGUAUCGACUUGGUUGAUUGUAAUUGGAGAGUGUGUGUAUAUAUUUGGUGGCUGGUGUCCCAAUACUUGGGAAGGAUUCACUUUUGCUGCCUUCUCUGAUCUAGUUCCUGUCUUAAAACUCUCAAUAUCAUCAGGUGUCAUGGUUUGCAUAGAAGUAUGGUAUCAUGCUGUUUUUGUCCUACUAGCAGGACACCUGAAAAAUGCCACAACUGCGAUUUCUGCUUUCUCCAUUUGCCUCAACAUUUUAAUUUGGGAAUUGAUGGCAUGCGUCAGUUUCUUGACUGCUUCAAGCGUGCGGGUCUCGAAUGAACUGGGGAAAGGAGAUGCUAAAGCUGCAAAAUUUUCUAUCAAAGUCAUCUUAUGUACUUCACUUAGUGUUGGUGUCUUCUUUUGGGCACUCUGCUUAGCAUUUGGUCGUAAAAUUGCUUUCCUGUUCACAAAUGACAAGGCCGUAGCGGAAUACGUUUCGAGCCUCUCUGUCUUACUUGCUUUCUCAGUUCUAUUCAACAGUUCCCAGACAGUAUUUUCAGGGGUGGCUGUAGGUUCUGGGAGGCAAGCUAUGGUUGCAUAUGUGAACAUCUUUUGCUAUUACGUUAUCGGGGUGCUGGUAGGAGUUGUUCUUGGAUGGGUAGCUGGUCUCCAAGUAAAGGGCCUGUGGAUGGGAAUGAUAUUAGGAGUUACCUCGCAAUCGCUUUUGCUUGCUUACAUCACUUGGAGAACUGAUUGGGAAGAACAGAUUAAUAAAGCGAAAGAACGUCUCAAUCACUGGUUGUUGAAACCGUCAGAGGAAUCCCAUGAAAGUUCAGCUCAAGAAAGAUUAAACUAAUGAACAAUACUAUUGUUUUUUCCUCUGAAAGUUCAGCUCAAGAAAGAUUAAACCAAUGAACAAUACUAUUGUUUCACUUCCAGAUUCUGUUCUUCAGUAUCAUGUGCGAAAUUUCACUUUAAUCGGCCUGUUCCCCUCCAAUGCAUACCGUGACUCGGCUUACAAUAAUAAGCUCAUUUAUUCAAACUGUUGCUCUCACUGUGAUUACCUACAGAACUGUCUGGGACAAACAGAUUCCAUCUGAUUCCGCAUAUGGAUUCAUAUGGCCGUCCUCAAACUGUUUGGGACAAAGGCUGUGAUAGUGAUGAUGCAUUUGGAGAAAAAGAAAAGCAUCAACUGUAAACCUUAUUUUCUGGAGAAAAAAGCAUCAAUUGCGGUGAACGUUGCAGAAUAUGUUUCGAGCCUCUCUAUUCUACUUGCAAUCUCAGUUCUACUCAACAGUUUCCAGACAGCAUUCUACGUGCUCAUCUUCAAUUUGAGAGAUUACAAGGAGCAAAAACAAGAUGGAUGAUGAGAGACUUCUUGGAUCAGCAUCAAAAGAUAAAAGACAUGGUUGGAAGGAAGAUAUUUGUGUAAUUACUAAUUAUGCAGUUGGUAGGAAUUGUUCUUGGAUAUGUAACUCAUCUGCGAGUGGCAUACCUUUCAUUUAAGGAACAAGGCAUGGUGGAUA